CUCUAUGACUAAACACGUCAUUUGCUCUAUAACCUAAAAAUACACUAUAAAUUAGCGUUUAUUGGAAUUCCUGAGCGUAACUUGACUAUGAAAUACGGGAAUUUUUUUGUUGGAAAAUUCGCAAAUUGCAGUUUUAAUCAGUUCUUCAAAGUUCAUCAUGACAGAGAGACUACUCAAUAAUAAGAGGGAAAAGCAGAAGAGAACAUGAAUAGAAUAGCUGGAGAGUUCUGUUCCUGGCUCCGUGAACUACCUGGAGAAGAUCGAACUGUAAACAAUAUUGGAGAAGCACACCUUAGGGGAUUAUUUGAUACAGCACAAUCUUCUAAUCCUGGUCGAACCAAGCUAGCUGAAGGUCUUAGAGCUUGGGCCAAGUUCGGAGCAACUGUCACAGGAGGAGGUGGUCCAGGAAUAGCUGAGACAGUGUUGCCUCUGAUAAACCAGAAAAGGUUUGCAGAGAAGAUUCUAGGACGAAAAACUGGAAGUCUCUCAAGUAGAAAGGCAGAAACAGGAGGCGGAGCAAGAAAACUAAAACGCAGGAAGGAAAGUAAAAGAUCUCGAAGACUUCAGUAUGGAAUCUGGUAUCUUCAUCCGCAAAAAUGGCAGGAACGACACGUAAGGUUGAUUGCUACCAGAGGAGGACUGAAUAUACAAGAUAAAUCAAAGAUUGGCUUAAGAGCCUGUCUUCCUGGACCUGUUGAUAUGUUGGGAGGUACACAACCUGUACACCAACUACAGGCAACUGUUGCGUUUGGAGAAUUCCUUGGGUUGAGAGGCAUUCGGAAACCUAGAUUUGUUCAGCAUAUUCUACAGUAAUAUGUGUUCGGAAACCUAGAUAUAUUCUGCAUAUUUUAUAGUAAUAUGUGUCCAGAAACCUAGAUUGUUCAACAUAUUCUACAACUAUGUUCAGAAACCUAAAUUUGUUCAGGAUAUUCUAUAGUAAAAUGUUUUAAGAAACCUAAAUUUGUUCAGCAUAUUCUACAGUAAUAUGUGUUCAGAAACCUAGAUUGUUCAACAUACUCUACAAAUAUGUUCAGAAGCCUAAAUUUGUUCAGGAUAUUCUAAAGUAAAAUGUUUUAAGAAACCUAAAUUUGUUUAGCAUUUUCUACAGUAAUAUAUAAAGAACCAAAUCCUACAUAUAACUAAAGAGACAACUGUACAGAAUUUAUUCAGUUUUUUACUUUAUCAUAGUUUUCCGCAAUUUCACACCACUUUUACUCUAUGUAAAAACAUUUGAUGGACCAUUUGUUUAACCUGUAAGUCGUCACAUGAAAUAAACUUAGAUCGUCA